CUCAUACUGUCCUUUCAUGAACAAGAUGAACAAAGCAAUAUCACGAUACAUUCCCUAGAAAACUGCGCAUUCACCUUUUUGCUCAUCAUGGGCCAAUAUUGGAAAGUCGGGAGCAUCGACCGACGAAGCCAUCUCGAGAACCAUUUUGGGGUGAAGCUAGGCGAUAUCUUGAUGAAUGGGAUCCUCGCCGGACUUGUUCCGCUAUUAAGUGUCCCAGAGUUUUCACCCAAAGUGGAUGCCAAGGCCCAGACCGAUUUCGCAGCAGCUUUCUCGAGGAAUGCCGAUAGUCCUUUGAUACGCUUGCCCCAGGAGCUCAUAAACAUGAUCAUUUCCGAGUGCGCCACCGAAGCAUCCGACUUGGUUGCUCUUGCUUUAACAUGCGGCGUUCUCUUUCGCAUGUCAGCCCCCUUCCUUCGCGACGUCUUCACUCAGUCCGCUGCCUGGGCUGGUGAUCGAUUGAUUUGCUUGGGUGACUAUGCAAACGGCUCACCAGCUUCAGUGGAUAAGCAAGAGAUAGACGAUUGGCUAGACUCUCUCAAGUCUCGACAUGGAGUCACAUCGGACGAUCUUGAGUUCGAAACCCACAACCCAAUAUAUAACAUGAUCGGAGAAAACACGACCUCCUUGCGAGCACCUAUGCCCCCAUUCAAGACUGGCAAGGAAAGCCAGGCAGAGUGGAAAAAGAUCGAAAAGGAUUUCGAAAUGACGGGUCAGAGACCGCCAGAGCGUUGGGCUCAAGAUCGAAAAUCAUGGUCUAGCCACUAUCAGAUCAUGAAAAGAAGGCAUGAGAGAGGCGAAGGCCAAAGCAAGCUGGAUAUCUUGGAGGAAGAUGCCCGGCAAUUAGGAUAUACCCGUGAACUCAAUUUUCUGCCUGAGACAUUCCGCUUUCCGAUUGUGUCGCGAGUAGGAGCGGAAGCAUUUGGGAGGACUAUCAGAAUGAUGGCGCCGCUCCAUCCCUCAGCGUUGUUCCUGCGCAAUCUAUCCCGCAAACAAUUUGUUCACUGGAGAAAGAGGGAAGGUGAAUCUAUGAAUCGGCUCGGACAGGCGAUUUGUAGUCAGAUUUGUUGGACAUCCGACCCUUCUGGAUGUUACUGGGGAAUGAAGAGUCAGUGGGCUGGCGACAGGCUCGAUAUAAGGGGCUCCGCGGCAUGGGUUCCGGAGGCAGAAGGAUGGACUGAUGUGACAAAGACAGUUGAGCAGUUGUUGGUGGACAUGGACGAGGACUAG